AUGGAGAAGAUUCCUAGUGAUAGAUGUUACAAAUGCAAUAAAGAUGGUGCAUCAAGAGCAAAUCCUGGACCCAGUUCAUAUGGCUUCUGUGUGAGGGAUUGGAAAGGAGAUAUGGUUUUUGCUCAAUGGAAGAAAAUAGAGGAAACUACCAAUGCAAUUUCUGAGGCAAGGGUAGUGAUGGAAGGAGUAAGGUUUUGUGUGACAAAGAAGAGCCUACUAGUGGUUAUUGACACUGAUUCUACGCUGAUAAGGAAUAUUUUGAAUGGAGAAUGGAAAGCACCUUGGUGUAUUGCCUCUUUAGUUGACAAAAUAAGAGUUUUGAUGGAGGACAAUAAUAUGACAAUACAACAUGUGAUUAAAGAAGGAAAUAAAAUGGCUGAUUUUUAA